GGAGAAGAAGAAAGUGUUAACGAACGAAACACCUGCAAAAAGAGACAAAAGGCAAAUAAACAAUAGAUGAUACAAUGGCAAUAACAACGACAAAACAAAACAAAAAUGAAAUUAAACCCUGCAAAACAAAAGGAGUUAGACAAUUGAGGACGAAAAACAGCUAAUGAGGAUGUUAGAUCGGACGCAAUUAGAAAGAGAGAGAAAGAGUAGAUGUCAUAAAUUCAACAAAUUUGGGAAGGGAUUCUAAAUUCAGCGCGAGCGAAAAAUUAAGAGAUAGAGGAAAGAAGACAAACCAAAUUGACGAAGAAGCCGGCGAAUUCACCGGUGAAAGUAAUUACCGGAAACCGGUAGAAGGAGGAUUUCCCGGUUGAAGAGAGAGAGAGAAAUAGUCUCUAAACGAAUGAGUGCGGAAAAAGAUGGGGAGCAAGAAGCGGAAACGAGGUUGCGGUGGUGAGAGAAGAAGCAUACAUCCACGCAAUCGGUACGCAGACAAUCCUCCAGAUUUCUCUCUAUUAGCUUCUUUAUACCCUUCUUUCUCUUCCUUUGUUCAUUACUCUCCUGAUGGUCGACCCUCCAUUGAUUGGACUGAUUUCAAUGCUACUCGUGAACUCACUCGUACCCUCCUUCUCCACGAUUAUUCCCUCAAUUGGUGGAUUCCUGAUGGGCAGCUGUGUCCAACUGUGCCUAAUAGGUCAAAUUACAUACAUUGGAUUGAAGAUCUUAUAGCAUCUGAUAUUAUUGAGAAAAACAUUGUUGAUGGUGAUAAAGUAAGAGGGUUUGAUAUUGGAACUGGAGCAAAUUGUAUCUACCCUCUUCUUGGUGCAUCUCUUUUAGGCUGGAGUUUUGUUGGAUCAGACAUAACUGAUGUAGCAUUAGAGUGGGCAGAGAAGAAUGUUAAAAGUAAUCCACAUAUUUCAGAAUUAAUUGACAUUAGAAGGGUUGAUAUAGCUGAGCAUGCCAAUAGUUGUGGUACGAUUCAUUUAGAUGGUAGCACUAGUGAUAAUUGCCGAAAGGGGGAUGACCAUGAUGAUUUGAGUAAACGUGAAAUGAGAAAUUUUGAUGAUUCUGCAUUCACGAAUACCGAGGAUAGAUUAGAUAAUGCAAACUCAUUGGUAAACGAACAAAUGGAAGGUAUAAAUGAAAGAAUAAAUGGUGAAGCACAUGCUCAUUCCUCAAGCUACCCCAAUAAACCCUACGUUGAUAAGGGUUAUCUUGGGCCAUCUGUCCUUUUUGGCGUGGUCAAAGAAGGAGAGAACUUUGAUUUUUGUAUGUGCAACCCUCCAUUUUUUGAAACCAUGGAUGAAGCAGGAUUGAAUCCAAAGACUUCAUGUGGUGGGACGCCGGAAGAGAUGGUUUGCUCUGGUGGAGAGAGGGCAUUUAUUAGUCGCAUUAUUGAAGAUAGUGUCAUACUAAAGCAGUCCUUUCGGUGGUACACUUCAAUGGUUGGGAAGAAGUCAAACCUUAAAUUUCUGAUGUCAAAGCUUCGAGAACUAGGAGUUACCAUUGUGAAAACAACUGAAUUUGUUCAAGGGAAAACUUCACGAUGGGGACUUGCGUGGUCCUUCAUGCCUCCAGUUAGAAAAUUGGUUUCAUUGCCAGUGAGGGGUAACGCGAGUCCUUCCAUCAUGCUUGAGGGGCUUCAGCGUCAAACAAGUGCUUUUGAUGUUUUGCAGUCAGUAGAAUAUUUUUUCAAUUACUUUGGUGCAUCCUGCAAAUCCAAUGAUUCAGCAUUCACAGUUGAUGUAAGUUCAUCUGAGAAUCAGUGUGAUACUAUAUUGAAGAUUGAUGUCAAAAUGCUUGAUGAAACUUCUACUUUCCUGCGUAUGAAUGAAGCAUCUGAGAGUGCAAGCUGUUCAAAUAGUCCAAUGAACUUGUCUUUUCGUGUCAUGGUGCAACUUAAACUUAAAAAGUCUCCAACAUUAUUCAGCGUUGACAAUAACUAUAUAUGUUUUGCAUCCUCAGGUUUUCCAGCAGAUCCCCGGUACACUAUUACUGAAAGCAUCCUUACAGCUGAGAAACAGUUCACUCUCAGGAGUAUUCACAUCUGUGAUUCAACAAUUGGAAGAAUACCUGAAGCACAAAUUUUGUGGCAAGAAACUCUGCUUGUGAGCUCCUUAUAUUGCAGUUGAUCUUGCUUAAUUAAGUGUUUAAUAUUUCAAAUGAAUACAACCAGAAGGAAAGACAAUACUCUAGUGAACCUUACAUGGUAGGAUAGAGUUACAUAAGAAACAUGAUUUGUUUGGGAAUUUGGACAGUAAUCUAUGGACGGAAUCGAGAUUGACAAUGUCAUUGCAUUUACAAAAGCUGAAUCUCUGGACAAGUUUUGAGCAAUUCAUUUCAUGCUAACGUGUUUGUGGGUAGAGGCAGACCGAGCUUCUGUAAUGGCAGUGCCUCAAAGCCUAUAAUGAAACCUGUUUGUACUAAUUACAUGAAGUAUUUGUUUAUUUUUUCGAUGAAAAUUUAUGUACAUUUACAAUUUUGCGGAA